AGAAAAACCAGCUCUUAUAUAUAACUUGAAAAGGCCGAAGAAGAAACAAAAUCCUGAAAUCCUCUCUCAUCUCGCUCACCCGCCACACCACAGCAGAGCGGGCACCACUCCCAAGAAGCUGAAGCUCCUAAAGAGUUCAGUAUUUGCUCAGCUGAAGAAUUUGAACAGGCGAAAAAAGCUUCCUUCUCUUCCUUCGGGUUUAAGACCUUAUCAAGCUACAGAACAAGGGUUUCUUCUCCAAUUCAAUGGUUCCAGCUUCAUCAUCAGUUAACUGAUGCUAAAUACCCUCAGUUUUUGUUAAGGUAAUCAAAUUUUUCUCAAAGGUAGUCAGACAGGAAAAUGGUUUUCGGUCAGGUGGUUAUAGGACCACCAGGCUCCGGCAAGACCACCUACUGCAAUGGCAUGUCUCAAUUUCUCCAGCUCGUUGGCCGGAAGGUUGCAGUGAUUAAUUUGGAUCCAGCAAAUGAUUCUUUGCCGUAUCCAUUUCAGUUUGUUCUAUAUGAUUGUGCUAUAAACAUCGAGGAUUUAAUCAAGCUUUCUGACGUCAUGGGCGAACAUUCCCUUGGUCCUAAUGGAGGUCUCAUUUAUUGUAUGGACUAUUUGGAGAAAAACAUCGAUUGGUUAGAAUCCAAACUGAAACCUCUACUCAAAGAUCACUACCUCCUCUUUGAUUUCCCUGGACAAGUGGAACUCUUUUUCCUUCAUGAAAAUGCAAAGGGAGUAAUUAUGAAACUCAUAAAGAAGUUAAAUCUCAGGUUGACUGCUGUGCAUUUAGUUGAUGCCCAUCUUUGUAGUGAUCCUGGGAAGUAUGUAAGUGCUUUGCUUCUUUCAUUGUCAACCAUGGUGCACUUGGAGCUCCCUCAUGUCAAUGUAUUGUCUAAGAUUGAUCUGAUUGAAAGCUAUGGCAAGCUAGUUGCAGCUGUACAGGAGAAAUACAUGAAGGAUGAUGACAUGUCCUUCGACAUUGAUCCGGAUGAUAAGUGAAGCUAGAAGUGAUAUAGUUCAUGAGAAUAUGAUUUGAAAAUUUGCCAUGUUAUGAUUACACUUCAUGUUUUUAAUCAAGAGGCAGGUAACAUUAAGUGCUCUACUUUUUGGUUGCAAUUGCAAAUUUCAGCUUCUUAAUCUGCUCUGCUUCCAUAAAUUGUCAACUAGGCUUUGAAGUGAUGAUAUAUGAACCUUAGCUGCUAAAUACGUCUCUUUAUAUAACAAAGUAGAAUAUUUUGACCGUUUCGCAUGCCAGUGACUGAUGUUAGCUUUUAAUAUUUUUUGACGAGCAGUCUGUUGUAUCGCACGCACGUCUUCUUAUACUAUCUUUAUUGACAUAAAAGGAGUGAUUUACUUUAUCCGAACUUUUAUAUUCUUCUAUCAUGGCAAUAUAAAGUUCUUGCUUGUGCAAAAAUUACAGGCUUUCUUUUUGGUUUAAUCAGAAAAUCAAUUUCAAUUAUGCUUAUUUUAUUUCCAUAUUUACUGUAUU